UACUUCUCACAAAAACAAAACCGUCCGCUGGCGGGCGUGACGUUCGGCAAAUGCCGUGGAUCGGUUUCUUGAACGUUCCAUCGGGGGCUCGGCGUCGCUUACGUUGGUCACGUCCCUUCCCUUUUUUGGUGCACGGAUUCCCUUGCGAUUUCCCUUUGUGAUUGCCGUUCCCUUCAUUGACUCUCUUUCUCGUUGUAGCUCGCCCCCGUCGUCCAGGCCGUUCGAGCUGUUGCUUCUGCCUCCUCUGUUGGCAGUGAUGGCCUCCAAGAGACCACAAUGACCACAACGAUUGCAAUAGCAAUUGUUGUGGUCAUCCUUGUCCUUGUUGGGCUCGGCAUAACGUACUACUGGUGGCAGCCUGCCAUUCCAGUCCACAGCUUCUACAGCUGGAUGCCAUGCUUUGUCAUUGUCCCACUAGAAGAGCACAGGCAUAGUGAAGAGUGCAGAAAUCAGGGCAUUCCUGAUAUCCCCCCAGCAUGCACAGUGUGCAAUUGCAGCUGGGAACGUUACAGUGAGUGCACUGUCAGCUGUUGGCCAAUGGAUACAAUGUCAGAUGUGGCCAGUAUCAGCUUCGGUGAUCAUCCAAAGCUGUGCUUCCUCUGUCCAUCCAAAAGACAGCGACAGCGACUCCUUCUGGUGCCCUGAAGCUAGUGACAUUGAGCACUGCAGUGAG